AUGCAAUCUGAAUCGUCAACAUGUAACAAUGCACAACAGGUGCUAACUUCUGUUUCACAUUUAGCAACUACAAUGCUUAACCCAAUGAGUUCUACAUCCACGACAGCAUUAUCUACUUUCCUGGCCGGCUUAGAAGCUCGUAAUCAUCAACCUAUACAACAGAUUCAAUUAAGUGGAUUACCUUUAUCUGCUGCAACAUCUUCGCUGUCUUGUUCAUAUUCUGACUCUUCAUCAGCCCACACUGCUAAAGACUCAUCGGCUCCCAGUUGUUCACAACUCAGAAUUCCACUUCAAGUUUCUGGCCUUCCCAUUUCCGAGAAUGGUUCAUUAUCAGUUGAACAAAAUGUUUACCCUGUUACAAAUAACGUUGCGAACUCUAUAUUAGGUGUUGUAAAAAGUGAUCCUGAUAUGUACACUCCUAAUGGGCAUACUUAUUCAUCUUUAGUAGAUGAAACUAAUCGAUUUCGAUCUUAUCCAACGUAUACUCAACAAUUAUCUCAUCAUUUACCUCAUGGUACAACUGUACGACAGUCUGUUCUAGCUGCCGCUUCUACAACAUCAAUUAAUUCUUUCUUCCAACAAGAAUCUUCAAAUUCUUUAUUAUUAAAUCAAACGUGUUCUGUACCAAGUAAUGUCACGUCAAAUAAUACGACCACUGCUACUAUUACUACUACUACUAAUAAUAAUAAUAACAAUGGAGAGGAAUCACUAACAAAUGGACAUUUUCAGUCACCAAUGUCACAUUCAAAUGUUUCAGCAACCAAUACAUUUACUACUUCAUUAGCACCUAAUUCAGAUAAAACUCCACAGUUGCCAUCAUCAUCUAAGUCUAACACUUCAAUAGAUGAAUGUCGUAGAAAUUCAGUAACAAACACAAUGUUAAAUACAUCCAGCAAUCGGUCAGAACAAGUCAAGGGCUCUACAACCUAUCUAGAACAUUUAAAUCCAGAAUCCAAAGAUAUACGACGUCGUGUCAGCCAUAAUGAAGUUGAACGUCGACGUCGAGAUAGAAUUAAUACGUGGAUAAGUGAAUUGUAUAAAUUAUUACCACCGGAUGAGCAAACUAAAUCACAAUAUCAGAGUAAAGGUAUUGUAUUAAAACGUGUCUGUGAAUAUUUUCAAAAUGUGGAUAGUAUGCUGAAAGCAGCUAAUUCAGCAGUUGAACAAAUUCGUGUAGAGAAUAGUAUCCUACGUCAACGAGUGCAUGAAUUACAACAAGAAAAUCAAUUAUUAUCAGCUUCUUUACAAUUAGGCGCUGUAGCUGCUGCUGCUCAUCUUAAAAAUAGACAACCUCGACCUGGUUCAUCAUUAUCAUCGGUCAAUAUGAAUACUGCUAAUGAAGGAAACACUAUUACUACUAAUAAUAAUAAUGGAACAGUAUCAGGAGGUGGGGUUGUAUCAACAUUAGCUAAUAGUGAAAAUUGUACAAUAUUAAAAGAUCCCAUAGAAUUUACAGAUUAUCAAUCUCCACUUACUGUAUUCACAUUAGAUACUCCGAAUAAUAGUAAUCAUAAUAAUAGUAACAAUCAUAGUGUAAAUUUCAAUCAAACUAAUUCUAAUUGUAUAACUCCUACAAGUUCACUUAAUAAUAAUCCAUGUUUUACAACAUCAUUAGCAUCGAUCAAUUCUAUUGGUGGAUUUAAUGUUUCUCAAACAAUGUCACCGACGAAUACAUCGUCAACUUCAGAAAUAAUGAAUCAAGUAUUAUGUCCUUUAACUUUACCAAGUUUAGACCAUAUCACUAUGCAGCAUACAGAUACUACUACCAUUAAUACUACUACUAAUAAUAAUCGAGUAUCCUGAGAUUCGUAUACAUACACAUACUCAUGUCCUCUUCCUUCCUAGUCUCUGUUUUCGAUAUAAAAUCUACAUAGUUGACUAACUAUAUAUACAUAUAAAUUAGUUCCCUUUUUGAAAAAAUUAGCUUGCAAUUCUUUUCAGAAUUCACCUUCUGACAAUUAUCUUCAUUCAUUUAAUGAACAGAGAAAGAAAGAAACUUAAUUGUUCAGCACAAUUUCUUUCAGAAUGUCAACAUAAAACUUAUUACAUUCCUUUUCUUCUACACAUAUGGUUUAUUUAUCUUGUUGAUGAGAUGAAAAUGGCAGUACGUAUUUUGUUGUCGUUUUUGUAGUUGUAGUCGGACAAGGCACUUCUUUCCACUAUUCAUCCUCAUCAACAUUUUAAUGAUAAUAAAGAUCUAAUCAUUUCUGUAUCUUGACACUUAUGUUUUUUCUCUUCUUCAACACUUCAUUGCAACUGAAUUUCAUAUGCUUUCUAACUUCACUUAUAUUAUUUAUUUGCCUUUCUUGUUGAUCUAAUCAUUAUCAUAAUAAUAAUAAUAAUAAUAUGUACCUGAUAACUUACACUACCUUCAUCAUUAAGCCGACAAUAAUGACUGCUAUUACUACUGAUAUAAUAUUUGACUUUUUCAAUUCUUAUUGCCUAUUUUCUUGUCAAUUCUUCUGAGAAGGAGAACAAGAUCCAUUUAUUUAUUCAGUCAUUCGGAUGAAAUUUAUGACAGAUUUGCAAAUAUUCAUUAUAAUAGGCGUAUAUUCUUCAUUCUCUGUUUUAGGAUUCAGUAAUAUUUUAUGACUGAUAUUUUCUCGUUGAUAAUAUGAUCGUUCAUUGUGUCUUGUUCUUUUUGCACAAUGCAUAUACCUAUAUAUAUAUAUACACUCAUGUGUAUUGUAUAAUUCAUUUGUCACACCACGUGUAUGUGUGUGUGUGUGUGAUUAGGGCAAAAAUAAAGUUGGAUUUCUUUUUGUUUAACCAUUUUUCUUUCACCUGGUGAUUUCUCAUUUUCUUUUUUGUGCGUACAAAGUGUUUUGACUGCUACUACUAUUAUUACUAUGAUCAUUAUUCUCACUGAUGGUUAUUCUUUCGUUUUUUUGUUUAGAAAAAUAUAUUUCUCGUAUAUUCUUUUUAUUCUCAUCAUUGUGUUUAUCUGUGAUAGUGAUGCUUUAAUUAAAAAUUGUUGAAAACUAGACGACGGUAAAUCACUCUCAUGACUGUCGUCAUUAUAACCAUUCAGUUAAGUAAAAAAAAAUACAACCUGGUUUAUGUAACUUUUCUAAUGUUUAACACAACCUACAUCCAUAUUCACACAUGAAGUGGAAAUUUAUCUAUAAGUACAUAUCUAUGUUGUGUUAUAUGUUCGUCAUCACUACUACUACGACUACUACUAUCACCACUAUGUAUUGUUUACUUCCAUCUACUCACAACAGUUUUCAUCUAAUAAUAAUAAUUCUUUCUUAUCACCCAUCUAUUCAUAUAUUGCGCCUGUUUCUUUGUCCUAUCUCUUUUUGCCUGUUUAAAGUUUAUCAUUUGUAAUUUAUUAUUAUGUAGUUUUCUUUUCUAUGUCUUUCACAAUGACACACACAUCCUACUAAAACAAACUGGUGUCGAUUCAUCUUUUAACUAUUGCAAAAUUGUAUCACAUUUUGUUCUGUUCUGUCCAUUAGGUAAUUUCAUCACUUUUAACAUGAUUGUACUUUUUUGUUGUUGCACAGAUUAGGGUUCUUUAUCCACUCCCACCCUCCUACUAACAAAUUUUGUGUUACUUCUGAUUGUAUGUUAAAAUGCUGUGUUUUCAUUGCCCAGUAUCUAUGAUAAUACUAUCUGUCGUGCUUUCUGAGUCAAAAGCAAUUUUUAGUUGCUAUGCGAGAUGACGAUUUUCUCUUGUCUUUGUGUUUCUUCUCGAUUUGCUUGUUUCUUGAUGUAAAUGAGAUAUUAGCCUUAGUGGGGAAAAGUUUUUUUUUUAAGAAAAAAAAAACAAACAUUAAAGAAGGAUUGCAUAUAUAUACAUAAUAAUUGAGAAUUAGUUGUCAAUCAAUAAUUCAACUGGUACUCAAAUGAAAAAAGACUCAUAAAUAUUGUCAUUUUUCAUUUGAGGUUGUAUUCAUACAGCUGGGUUAGUGUAGUUUUUUUUAAAAUUUUGAUUGCAUAUUCAAUGUUUUGUUGUAUUUCUUCCAUAAUGCUUUAUUCUUUCACAGAGAUGAUCAUUUUUGUUUCAUGUUCAUUAGUUUUUGAGAUUGAUUUAAUUGAAUGUAGUUGGUUGUUGAUUUGUUUCUUCUUUCUUUCUUUAUUAUUAUUAUUAUUAUUAUUUUCAAGUGGGAAAAAACUCCAGAGAAAACUGGUUUUUAGCUCAUCUCAUAAUCAAAUGAAACGUGAAGAUGAAUGUUCAUCCAAGUUUUGUUCUUUUAAUCGUUUAUUCGUAAUAGUACAGCACAAUAUAUCUAUACAUAUAUAUGUGUGUGUGUGCGUGCGCCAAGUGAUUAGUUAGUUAAAAAGCUACCUAACUGUUUCAUGUUUUUUUUUAAUUUUUCGCUCUCUUGGAUAUAAUAUGUAUUUGUUGUUCGAUUGUUUAUUCGCUGGUAUCUCUUUCCUAUAUAGAAAAGAAUAUGAGUAAUAAUUCAAUGCCAUUGUGAAUUGUUUUUGGAUUUCAUACAUGAAUUCUCAUCAGCAGGGGGUAUCUUCUCUAUGUCUCUCUCAUAUCUUCAAUUGAUUUACAAUAUGUUUGUGAAAAAACUGAUUAUCUAUAAUACACUUUUAGUGUUUAGCAUAAGAUCAAAUGCUUCUGUUAUAAACAGAUUUUUUUUCUCUUCAAAACUUAGAUGUAGGAGAUAAUAUGGAUAACUAUGUAUACUGGUUUCUCGGUUUAAACAAUAGCAACAAAAAAACAUGUUUUCAUUGAUUAUAUCAUUAUGGUUGAGCACGUAUGAAAUGUUUUUCUCUUCAAGAUUACAGUUCUUGUUUUUUUUAAAAAAAAUGAAUUUUCACUUCACUUUUUAUAUGAAAUUGAAAUGAACAUCAGUCAGAUAAACCGCUAAUAUCAUAUUUUAAUAAUGACCGAGAUUACAUAAUCUUUGGAACGUAUCAUUAAGAUUUAGUUCUUUCGUAAUCUGAAUGAGAUUAUAUAUUAGAUGGUGGUUGGAGGUAGUCAACAGGAAACCCUGGACCCGGGUUUCGUGCUACUUGGCACUCGUCAGCAAGGUGUACCUGUAAUCUUGAGGGAACUGGUGCUCCCUGGCGGAUUCGAUC